AAUGUCAUCGAGAGAGAUUUUAUCCAUCCAUAUCGGACAGGCUGGUUGCCAAAUGGGAAGGGAAUUGUGGGAAUUAUAUUGUUUGGAACACGGAAUUACAAAAGACGGGUAUUUAAUAAAAGAAAGUGAACUGGAAGAUAUAGCUUUCGAGUGUUUUUUUCAAGAAACCUCUUGUAGGCAGCACGUUCCUCGUUCAUUAUUUGUUGAUCUUGAACCUUCAGUGAUUGAUGAAAUACGUCGAAGUGAAUUUCAGAAACUUUAUCAUCCAAGUACUUUACUUGCUGACAAGGAAGACGCCGCAAGUAAUUUUGCCAAAGGUUACCAUGGAUACUCCUUAAAUUCAUCUUUUUUUGAAAACGUUUCUGACAGCAUUCGCAAACAAGUGGAAAUUUGUGAUCACCUCCAGGGCUUUUUUGUCUUUCAUUCGUUCGGUGGAGGAACAGGUUCGGGCUAUACGGCUAAACUUCUUGAAACGAUUACGCAGGAAUUUACUAAUAGAAUACCAAAAUUCACGUUUAGCGUUUAUCCGUCGCCAAGACUAUCAUCAGUAAUUGUUGAACCUUAUAACGCACUGCUAACGACCCAUACCUCAUUCGAUUAUACAGACUGUUCAAUACUGUUCGAUAAUGAAGCGAUCUAUGACAUAUGUCAUAAUCUUCUGGAAGUUGAAAGGCCGUCAUAUUUGAAUCUAAAUCGUUUAAUAUCUCAAGUUUGCUCCUCAAUAACUGCUUCUAUACGUUUCGAAGGAGUCCUUAACGUAGAUCUACACGAUUUUCAAACAAACAUUGUGCCGUUUCCCCGCCUUCAUUUUCCUUUAGCCUCUUACGCUCCCUGUUUGCCUGACGCCAAUGUAAAGCAUGAAUCUCUUACGGUUCCAGCUAUUACAACCUCUGUUUUUGAUCCAGCAACACAGAUGGUUAAAUGUGAUCCAUGCGAAAACAAAUUUAUGGCCUGUUGUAUGCUGUAUAGAGGAGAUAUUACUCCUACCGAUGUAACAAAUGCUAUUCAAAAAAUAAAGAAUAGUAGAAAAAUCAGGUUUGUUGAUUGGUGUCCUACCGGAUUUAAGAUUGGUUUGAACCAUCAAGCACCGUCGUCUGCUCCUGAUUCUGACAUUGGAGGCGUUCCAAGAGCGGUGUGCAUGCUGUCAAAUAAUACAGGUAUUAAGGACGCCUGGACACGUUUGACAGGAAAAUUCGAUAUCAUGUUUCAUAAGCGUGCGUUUGUCCAUUGGUAUAUUGGAGAAGGAAUGGAAGAAGCAGAAUUUUCGGCCGCCAGAGAGAAUUUAGCAGCUUUGGAAAAGGACUAUGAAGAAGCAGCUUGCGAUACUGUUGAUCCAGUUGUCGAAAAACAUAUUUAG